UGACAUUUAACAUCCCAGCACACGUCACCGAAAAUCCGAAAUCUUCGUAAGGAAUUUUUUGGAUUUAUAAGUUUUUUGAUUAUAUUUAAAAAUUUGGAAAAUUUAGAAUCAAAUUUCAAUCUAAUUUUGUAUUUAAAAUGGUUCUUAUCGCGUCAGCAGUAUGUACCAAAAGCGGCAAAGUAAUAAUUUCAAGGCAAUUUGUUGAAAUGACCAAAGCAAGAAUUGAAGGUCUGUUAGCUGCUUUUCCAAAGUUGAUGACAACUGGAAAACAGCACACAUUUGUUGAGACGGAUUCAGUGCGUUAUGUCUAUCAACCGAUGGAAAAAUUGUAUAUGUUACUUAUUACAACAAAAGCUAGUAACAUUUUAGAAGAUUUGGAAACUUUACGUUUAUUUUCUAAAGUUAUACCAGAGUAUUGCCACUCACUAGAAGAAAAAGAAAUAGUAGAAAAUGCAUUCAAUUUAAUAUUUGCUUUUGAUGAAAUUGUUGCAUUAGGUUAUCGAGAAAGUGUUAAUUUAGCACAAAUUAAAACUUUCGUUGAAAUGGAUUCGCACGAAGAAAAAGUUUAUCAAGCGGUUCGACAAUCACAAGAAAGGGAAGCAAAACAAAAAAUGAGAGAAAAAGCAAAAGAAUUGCAAAGGCAACGAAUGGAAGCAGCAAAACGUGGUGGAGGUAUUGGAAAUUCUGGGUCGAAACGUGGUUACUAUGGUUUCGGUGAUGGUUUUGGUUCUUCAGGUGGAAUCAGUAAUACAACAGCAAUUACUACCCCAUCGAUCGAUGUAUCUAGUAACGAUAUAAAGCCAACAGUUAAUCCAACUAAACCGGCAUCUAAGAAUGCUUUGAAACUUGGCGGAAAAUCUAAAGAUGUGGAUACUUUUGUAGAUCAACUUAAAAGUGAAGGUGAAAAGAUUUCUAAUCUAACUCCAGCUUCAGUUACUCCUAGUGCUGUAUCAAAACCGAAAAUCGCUUCUGACGUUCAUACGGAAAGUGUUCAUUUGAAAAUGGAAGAUAAAAUUGUGGUUCGGCUCGGUCGUGACGGAGGUCUACAAACGUUUGAAUUAUCUGGUUUGUUAACAUUAAGAAUUUCUGACGAAAAAUUCGGAAAAAUUAAAGUAGCGUUAGAAAAUAACGAUACUCGUGGAAUUCAAUUACAAACACAUCCCAACGUUGAUAAAGAAUUGUUUAAGUCGAAAUGUUGUAUUGGUCUUAAAAAUCCCGCAAAACCUUUCCCAUUAAACACUGACGUGGGUGUCCUUAAAUGGAGGUAUCAAACUCAAGAUGAUUCAGCUGUACCACUUACAAUUAAUUGUUGGCCAUCUGAAAAUGGAGAUGGUGGGUGUGAUGUUAAUAUUGAAUAUGAAUUAGAAUGUCAAAGAUUAGAAUUGCAAGAUGUUUGUAUAACAAUUCCGUUACCAAUGUCAGUACAUCCAAAUGUUGGCGAAUGUGAUGGAACAUAUACUUUUGAUUCCAGAAAACAUAAUUUACAAUGGAAUUUGCCUAUAAUUGAUGCUUCAAAUAAAGCUGGAUCUUUAGAAUUUAGUUGUGCAUCUUCAAUUCCAGGAGAUUUCUUCCCAUUGCAGGUAUCAUUUGUUUCAAAAACGCCAUAUGCUGAUUUGAAAGCAAAAGAAGUUAUUGCACUUGAAGAUGAAACACCAGUUAAAUUCUCUAAAGAAACAUUCCUUUUUGUUGAUAAAUAUGAAAUAGUUUAAAAAAUAAUUUAAAAUUAAAAUUGAUAAACUAUUAUCAACAAUAUAGUUCUUAUAAAAAAAAAACAUUUAAUAAAAAAAGCAAGGAAAAAAAAAAUAUUUACUUCCCCUUUUUGAAGUGUUAAAACAAAAAAAAAAAAUUUAGGUGAAAUAGAAAGAAAUGACCAUUUUAUGUACGUACAUAAUUAUAUAUUAAUACAAUGUAAAAACAAAAUGUAUUUUUUGUUUACAAAAUUAUUUGCAUUAAAAUAUUUGUUUAAUUUACGAUUUAUGAUUUAUUCGCAAUAAAGUU